AUGCCUCAAAAGGGAUCCGGAAGGGCGAGAGUCGGGGAUGCCAACUCUCCAACAAGACAUAACGGUGCUAGGGCACUAGCAAGAACUGCGCCAAAUGACUAUUCCACCGAAUUACCGUCGAAAGUAUAUUCCAUGGCUUUCAACAAUGCGCUGAGCCACCAAUAUAAAAGUGGCAAGCUGUUUGUUAUUGGUGGUAACAAAAUCGACUUGAUAUCCCCCACACCAGAGCUAGACUUGAACGCAUUGGAAAUUAUGAAUACAAACACAUCUGGAGAUCAGGAGAUUCUUGAAGGCGAAGUCAUUUUCAGGAAAUUCUUGGAGGAAUUCCAACUUAAAGGUAAGAGACUACUUUUCAUCACCGACAAGGCCAGAGAGGGGCUGAUGAAAAGUUCUGAGCCGUUCAAACAAAAAGUAGACGUCAUACAGAAGGAGCUUAUUGAGGUCAAUGACAUACUGAGGGCACAAGCUGUCUUCAUAGAAUUAGAAGCUCUUGAAUAUCUAGCAAUAGCGCACCAAAGAGAGUAA